AUGCCCAUGCAGCAAUCCCCACAGGUUAGCACACUUACUUCCCAAUCUUCUUGUACUGCUGCUAUCUCGAAAAAGCCAACCAACGGUUCUUCUGACGAUUCCCAAACAUAUCAUGCUCAUAUUGAUGAUGAACGGCUAAACGUGAUCCUUGGAAAGGGAGCUUAUAAAGUUGUGUGGAAAGCUCUAGAUUUUAAGGACGGCUAUGAGGUUGCCUGGAAUUGCUUCCAAACAUCCAAGCAAGAAUCUACAGAGUUUUCCCAGGAGAUUGAAAUCUUAAAGCAGGUCCGACAUCCCAAUAUAAUUACCUUUCGCGAUGCCUGGUAUAACAAUGGAGAGUUUGUGUUUAUCACUGAAUUAAUUACAUCCGGGACACUUCGAGAGUAUAUUCAAAAGCUUAAAAAGCCGUGUUUAAAAAUUGUCCGUUCAUGGACAAGACAAAUUUUAAAUGGGCUUUUGUAUCUGCACUCACAUAGCCCGCCAAUCAUUCACCGGGACAUCAAAUGCGACAAUAUCUUUAUUAAUGGAGCUCACGGUGAAGUCAAAAUAGGCGACAUGGGCACUGCCAAGAUGAAAGUGGGAAAAAAGUAUACCGUCAUUGGUACCCCCGAAUUUAUGGCUCCUGAGAUGUAUGACGAAAGGGGAUAUGCCGAAAAAGUCGAUGUUUAUGCU